GCUGCGCGCGGGGCGCACGAGCCGGCCAGCCUCCGGGAAAGGGUGCGGGGCGCCGGGGGUUCCUGCGGGAAGAUGCGGAAGCCCGACAGCAAGAUUGUGCUGCUGGGGGACAUGAACGUGGGGAAGACGUCGCUGCUGCAGCGGUAUAUGGAGCGGCGCUUCCCGGACACGGUCAGCACGGUGGGCGGCGCCUUCUACCUGAAGCAGUGGCGCUCCUACAACAUCUCCAUCUGGGACACCGCAGGGCGGGAGCAGUUCCAUGGUCUGGGCUCCAUGUACUGCCGGGGAGCAGCCGCCAUCAUCCUCACCUAUGAUGUGAAUCACCCGCAGAGCCUGGUGGAGCUGGAGGACCGGUUCCUGGGCCUGACAGACACGGCCAGCAAAGACUGCCUCUUCGCCAUCGUGGGGAACAAAGUGGACCUCACUGAGGAGGGGGCCUUGGCGGGCCAGGAGAAGGAAAAGUGCAGUCCAGAUACGGAUGCCGGGGACUGUGUCUCCCCCAGGGUGCCUAAGCAGGUGCAGCUGGAGGACGCCGUGGCCCUUUAUAAAAAGAUCCUCAAGUACAAGAUGCUGGAUGAGCAGGACGUGCCGGCCGCUGAGCAGAUGUGCUUUGAGACCAGCGCCAAGACCGGCUACAAUGUGGACCUCCUGUUUGAGACCCUGUUUGACCUGGUGGUGCCAAUGAUCUUACAGCAGAGAGCCGAGAGGCCGUCACACACAGUGGAUAUAUCCAGUCAGAAGCCGCCCAAGAGGACCAGAUCUGGGUGUUGUGCCUGACUUUCGAGGGCCUCCUGGACUCAGACUGUGCAUGUGGGAAGGGGUCUGACCAGGCAAGCUGUGAUCUGAAAGGAGCAAGGAACACCAAGGAAUUAUUUUUCCAGAGUGACACACGCAGCAGAAUGUGGGAGUGGAAACGAUGGCUGGCUAUGAAGAGGAGGGCAAUGUGCGUGGUCUCCUCGGUCUCUGUCAGAGGGGUGGGGAGGUGGGGAAACAGGAAUCUUCUGCAAAGCCCAAUCUGCAGAGUCGAGAGCCCUGGCACUCUCUGCCUCACUGCCCGGCACUGGUCCUUUGCAGCCAGCCUGCGACGGCCCCUCACCCUUGCACAGGCAGAAACCUGCGUCUGCACCUGCACCUCUGACCCUUUCGGCACCCUGGGUUGUUACCACGUCCUGCAGCUUCGACAUUUCUUGUUCCCAAGCGUUUCUCUUCACUGUGAGUUGUCUUUGGUCCUCCCACUUGGUACUUGUAUCUUGAUGCUUGAUAAUCCUGACUCUAGACAUGCUCAUUUGUACAAAAUCAGGAAUAACUGUUUUUAUACUGAUUGCAGCAAUGUGGGUUUCAUGUAUUAUUAAAGAGGAUUUUGGGAAACACUU